AUGCAGAAUACGUCGAAUUGUGCAGCGGCAGACGAGCAAAAAGGAAAAGUCAUUUUGGCUGGCAUGGAUCUGACUCGUCCAGGUAACGAUGUGGUUGCACGGGAGUUCAGUAUCGAGGGUUAUCCAACACUUGAAUAUUUUGAGAAUGGCAUGCACAAGUUCAGAUACAAGGGCGAACAUUCGAAGGUAUUACGUUAA